AUGUCUGCUACUAUAGACAUAAAGAAAAAUGGCCACGAAUGUGCAUGUAGUGAUACGAAGAUUACUGUUACCACAAAUGGAAUUGGAGGUGUUGAAGGGUAUGCCAAAUAUAAGUACACACAUACAGACGGUGCGGAUGAAAAGUUGGUUAAGUAUGGAAACACUAGUCUUACAUGGAGACUGAAUGAAGAUGAACGUGACUAUAAUGACACAUUUUCACUCGACAAAGAUACUCAUAUUCUUUCUGUAUAUUACUGGGACCAAGAUAGGGGGCAUAAGAAACCCAUACUCCUGGAAGUAGCUGUUGGGGGUACAUCACUUUAUUAUAAAAAUGAUGGAGAACACAAUAACAGUACAUGGACGCCAAUAGAACUUGAUAGUGAUGAUUUUCAAUUUAGUGAUGAUGGUAUACUGGCACUUCCUCCAGAUAAACUUGAGGAAAAACUUCUGGAGCUCACCUGUAAGCUCUUCCAUCCAGUUAUUAUAAAUGUUACCGAGAAUAAGACCGAAGUAUCUUAUCCCAACAAGUACUGUGAAAAUGAGGGAUGUAAGAACAAAUGUCCUAAGGAGGUUAAAGUUACUGAUUACCCUCUAGACGGUCUAAGUGGAUACAUAGUGAAGAGGCACACCUAUAAAGAUAAUAAGACUUUUACCGUAACUGAAUUCAUAGGAGGACCUUCCGAAGGUGACGUUCCCAAAGGAUUUUUUCCAAUAUUGGAUGUUAAGGAAGUAAUCGUUUGUUUUUCUCAGUGUGAUACCAGUAAGCCCUUCCUGGUCUACAUUGAGAGUGAGAAUGGAGCUGCCAGAAUAUGGUCUAAUAACUCUUGUAAGAGUGGUGGUAAAUGGAAAGAAGUUGAGGAUAAACUAGGAAAACAGAAUCAAAGGGAAGCUGAUAGUACUGAUAUUCUUAAAACUAUUCUGGAGACCGCUAAAAAACUAGAGCAAUCAGAAAGAGAAUCAGGUUCUGAAACUGAAGAAUCUGAAAAGGUUCAAGUAGAGCGUACUAUAGAACUCGAAAAGAGGGGUGAAGAACAAGCUCCUGCGGAUGGAACUAGAGUAGACACUUUUGAAAAACUAUUGAAAGCACUUGGAGGAAUUUUUGGUGAAGCUCUUGGUUAUGGGCUAGCCGGUGCUAUGGAUGCAUCUGAAGAACUCACUAGGGAGCUGAUGGACCUCAAGGAACUAAAGGAGACCCUUGAAUUGGCUACUGAACUUGGACUAGAUGCAUCAGCUUUAGCUCUUUACCUGACUGAGGGGGUUCUUAAACAUAUGCCUGUUCCUCAGCCUCCUACUGACUUAUCUGACCAAGUUCCUGAUACAGAGUCUGAGACCAAGAUUCUCCUACAAGGUAAUACUGUGGCUCAAAUGGCUGAAGAUGCUAUUGAUCGUGAAAGACUAAAACAUCUUAUUGUUACUCCUGAAGUUGAUGAUAAUGAAACUGAAGCUGGCCCUGGUAUUCCUCAACAAGCUUCUGGAGAGCAUGUUACUACUGUGAUUAGUGAAAGUGCUAAAGGUCAAGUUGCUAAACUUACUACUGCUGUUCCUAUUGAUAAAGGUGAUGGAGUAGCCCCUAGUGAACCUGAUCAAGGACUCGGUGUUAAAGAUAGUGACGGAGGUACUGCUGGAGCCGGUGAAGCUGGACCUUCUGGAGGACCUCCCGUUAAUCCUCCUCAACAUGAUGACUUAUCUAACCAAGCUGAUAGUCCUCAAGGUGCUCUUACUCCAACUCCUACUUCUGGAGAUGGUGCUGCUGAAACUACUCUCUCUACUCCUACUCCUGAAGGUGAAGCUCAAGCUCUUGUUGUUGAAUCUACCGUUGCUGCUACUAGUCUGUGGACAGCGUUUGGCUCUACCUCUGGUACCCUUGCCGGAUCCGCUGCAACAUUUUUUGUAGGAUGGAAACUUUAUAAUCACUAUAAAGGAGAUCCUUGUAGCUACUCCUCACACACUACACCUUUCAUAAAGACAACUCAAGGGAGCCUUAAUCGACAUUUUGAGCUCCAAUUAGUGCAGGGAACCUUUUCAUCUUUAUUCUCCAUGGAUGUUCCAUCUCGACAUGGAGCCUCUAUUGCUCACACAUGGGCAUUCUUAUGGAUCAAAACACAUGUACAGACCUUUAAAAUGCUCCAGAAACCCUAA